GCCCACAUCGCCUUUCCGGAGGCGGAGGGAGAAGGGGAGGUCACGUGGUGGGCAGCCCUACCUCCCGCCUUCGCGGCACGCUGAUUGGGUUUCGCCUCUCCUCCCUUCUCAGUUCGUUGGCGGCGUGGGGCCGUCACUCCACGAGUUUUCCGGGUAAGGAGGGGGGUCCGGGAGGAGGAAGAGGCAAGGAGUCGUGCGGGCCGCUUGAUUAAAGUACUUCGAGGGAGGCCGGAAGUUGUCGCUGCUCCCGAGCUCGUUCGACGACUGAGGCUGCCUCGAGCGCUCCCUGUCCUCCUUCUCCCUCGAGGCCGUUGCUUCCGUUGGCUCCUCCCCUUUUUCCUUUCCCCGCUCAUGGCCGAGUUCGACCUCUUCGGCGCCCCUCAGCCGGCGGCGGGAAACGGGACGCUGGGCGGCGGCGGCCCUGGCGGCGAGGAAGAUCCGGCCGCCGCCUUUCUGGCCCAGCAGGAGAACGAGAUCGCGGGCAUCGAGAAUGACGAAGGCUACAACAUUCUCGAGAACGGCGAGGUGCCGGCUGGGAUGCAGGGCCAGGAGGGGCUGCUGGCCGAUUCAGUAGAUGGAGUAACGAAUGGUGAUGUCUACCAGGAGAGCAAUGGACCCACAGACUGUUAUGCUGCUAUUUCACAAGCUGAUCGUCUGCAGACAGAGCCAGAGAGCAUCCGCAAAUGGAGAGAAGAACAACGGGAGCGUCUAGAAGUACUUGAUGCCAACUCUCGAAAGCAAGAAGAGGAGUGGAAAGAGAAAGCAGUAAAAGAGUUGGAGGAGUGGUAUGCAAGGCAAGAUGAACAGCUACAGAAGACAAAAGUAAACAAUAGGGUAGCAGAUGAAGCUUUCUACAAACAACCCUUCGCUGACGUGAUUGGUUAUGUCACAAACAUAAACCAUCCUUGCUACAGCCUAGAACAGGCAGCGGAAGAAGCCUUUGUGAAUGAUGUCGACGAAGCGUCCCCGGGAACCGAGUGGGAACGUGUGGCUCGGCUCUGUGACUUUAACCCCAAGUCCAGUAAGCAGGCAAAGGAUGUGUCCCGCAUGCGCUCCGUGCUCAUUUCACUCAAGCAGGCUCCGCUGGUUCGCUGAAGGGAAAGCACACACGCGACACUACAAAUGCAAUAUCUUUAACUUUACUCAGAGAAGCUGUGUUUGCAGUAAUUGGAUUAAUUAUGUUUAAAUGUUUUUGUUUUUUUGGACCAAACCUCAUGAUGUAUUUAGAGUUUGAUCAUUGUUUUGUGAUUGCAUGUUCUUCCCUCCUUUGUGUCCUCUUGGUCUCCAAACUGGGAGGCAACUUCCAGAACUGUAGUCUCUGUGCUUCUCAGGCACUGAGAUGCCACUCGCAGCUGUACUGAUAUUAAAGAUCUGUUUAAACAGCA